AUGGAACGGAAAACACGGGACGUUCCAGACGAAUUAUUAUUUCGUUCUGACGGCGUGUUUCAUGCUGGUAAAUGUCCUGUACCUAUUUUACGCGUCGUUGAGGAACAAGAUCGAAGACUCGUCGAUAACCGCCAAUCCGCAGUACCUGAUACUCUACGCCAUAUAUCUGAACUACGGCGUUUUGAUUUUGAACAGGUAAGCCCGCGCGGCAGUAACGCGAGCGCGGUACAUUUUUACCGGUGUAAAAUACACAGGCAAUUUUAUCAAUUUUCGUUUUUCGCCGUGUUUUUUUUUUAAUGCUAUCAAACACACGUUUCCCGAAUUAUAAAGAGGCGACUCACUACUCAUUCGAAAACGAUAAGUCCCGUUUUGUUAACGCGGCACCGGUCGCGUUUUAACAUGCCGCGCACGAAACAAAACGCCACCCGUCGUGGUUUUACAUAACGAGUCGGCGUUUAUUUUAGAUAAAUUUCAUCCUCCGUCUGGAACCCCAGACAAAGUUACAUUUGAGUGUAUCGGUAUUUAUUGUGUUGAAAUAUUACAAAUCACGAUUUCGGGUUACUGAUUAAUAAUAGACUGUGAACAAUAACAUAUUCCCAAUGUGUAACCGUCAUGGAUCCAUUUUUUACUUCUUUGUUGUCAUCGUUAGAAAUAACUAAAUUCGAAAAAAUAUCUACGUAAAACAAUAAUGAUAACGAGAUCUUAUUGACCAGUGAAAGCUACGGCUCUAAGUUUCAGCUUGGUAUUUCGCCGUUUAACCUAACCGCUUUACCGGUAAAUAAUUUACAAAACACUUUUUUUUUUUUUGUUUGUCGAUUCUCCAAAACCAAGUCCACGAAUUCAUAAUUAUCAUGCGAAGGAAUACCGACAACCGGCAGAGCCAAUAGAAAUAUUAUUAUCGUUAUCGUUUCGAGUUCUAUCAUUUAAACAGGGUAAUACGGCGACGCAAUAAUUUUAAAAUGUCGGGUUAUGAAAACCAAUUGAUAUUAUCAUUGUUUGUUUCUUGCGGAACAAUCGAUUUUCGAUAACAUUUUCAUAUUAUCUCGGAAAAGAUUAACUUUUUUUUUUUUUUUUUGAACAAUUUAUGAAACAAGCAGCUCUAACAUAUCAAACUUCCGUAAUUUUUUAUCGCAAUUAUUUUCAACGGUACAAACAAUAAUCCACUUUUGAUUUACACGGGUCAGCAUACGUUGAAAAUUCCAUUAACAGACGAUUUUUUUAGUUCAAAUGCAUUUCGGUAUCGACAUUUUUGAUUUCCUUUAACCCAAUGACGAGAUUGUAUUAUAAUUUUAAGUUUGAAUAAGGGGAAAGUGACGGAGAUCCGUAUAGUAGACGAUAGAAUCAAAAAUGGGUAGCGGUUUCACCCGCGAAAUAAACGUGACGAAAAAUAACGGUAACGUAACACGUUUGUAGAAUCGCUCGUUUCUCAAAUUGUCCAAGAAAAAAAAAUUUCAAACAAAUUAAUAUUUUACCCGGAUGACGAUUGUCUUAUCGAAAGUCGAUCCCCCCCCCCUGUAUACAACAUCAUUACGAGAUUUAUUGUGUAGAUUGGCAAACGCCAGACACGGCAGCUAUUUCGCCAACGAGCUAAAGGCGACAUGUUGUCGAACCGUGGAGUCGGGGAGAAAUCUGUUAGAGUUCUGGUUCCGGAUGGCGAUGGCGGCAUUGACGGUGUACCUUACGUACUACAAGUACCGGACGUUCUCGGACAUGGCGUUGGACUCGAUUGUGGUAACAAUAAAACGGUUUUAUCCUAA